AUGGCACAGAUGACAGAAAGCAUUUCUGCCCCGGUCCCGUCCAAUACCACAAAGGAUGCCAAUUGUGCUCCCACCCGUCAGACGGUCUCGCCAUCCGUGGCUCAAAGCAUUCAGCAACGGUACGCGGACGAACGGAGCAAACGUCAGCGUGCUGAUGGACUGCUGCAGUACGUCAAUCCGAGCUCCUCCAGAAACCCUCGUUUGAAACGUCUUCUGGAUGAUCCUUGGGAUGAUGGUUCCGUUGCAUCUAUUACUUUGAAGGACGAUAUGUGCUUCAAGGUGGUCAUCAUGGGCGCCGGUUUUGGUGGGCUCCUGUUCGCUGUCCGAUUGCUCGAAACUGGCUGCUUCCGCUCUGAUGAAAUCGUUCUGAUUGACGUGGCCGCUGGAUUUGGCGGCACAUGGUAUUGGAAUCGGUAUCCCGGCUUGACGUGUGAUGUUGAAAGUUACAUCUACAUGCCAUUGCUCGAAGAGACCGGAUACAUCCCCAGGUAUAAGUACGCGUCGGGUGAGGAGCUCCGCGAACAUGCAAAUCGCAUUGCCGCGCAAUGGUCGCUCGAACACCGAGCUAUGUUUCGCACACUUCUAAAUAAAUGUUCCUGGAGCGACGAUGCUACAGAAUGGGUCCUCGAGAUGACACAGUUCCCUCCCACUGGGAGGAAUGGAACAAGGCCACAGCCGUUCUCGGCCACAGUCCGGGCGCACUUUGUGAUUCUUGCUCCCGGGCUACUGAACAAACCCAAGAUAGCCAACGUGCCCGGUCUCAGUACAUUCCAAGGCUCAAGCUUUCUCGCCUCGCGGUGGGACUAUAAUGUGACUGGGGGUAGCCAGGAGGCGCCGGCGCUGAUCAACCUGCAGGACAAACGAGUAGGUAUCAUUGGUACCGGCGCGACUGCCGUUCAGGCCGUGCCUCAAUUGGCCAAGUGGAGUCGGGAACUGUACGUCUUCCAACGGACUCCUGCCCCAGUCGAUUUCCGGCGUCAACGCAAGACGGAUCUAGCGGAGUGGUCCCAGGGAAUUGCUACUGCACCUGGAUGGCAACAAAACCGAAUCCAGAAUUUCAUCUCCUUCACGGCCUAUACCCAGCCCCUGCCCCCUGUCGAUAUGGUCGCCGACGCAUGGACCAGCUUCCCAACCUUCCAUGUUCUCACUGGCGGGGGCAGUUCAGUGAGUGCGGAGGGGAUCCCAGCUCAUAUAGCCAAGAUGCAUGCCCUGGACCUGCCUCGGUCUGAACGCAUCCGGACCCGCGUUCAGGAGAAUGUCCACGAUAGGGCGGUGGCUGAACAGCUCAAACCCUGGUAUCCCGGAUGGUGCAAACGCCCAUGCUUCAACGACGAGUAUCUGGGUGUGUUUAAUCGUCCUAACGUAAGACUCGUCGACACCAACGGCAAAGGUGUGCAGGCUAUCACGGCCACUGGUAUGGUGGCCAACAACGCACAGUUCGAUCUCGACGUGCUGAUCUUUGCCACGGGCUUUGAGCUGGGAGUACUUGAUAGUCCCGGGGCACGAUCUGGAAUCUCGGUCUUCGGACGCGCUGGCCGGAGUCUGGACGAAAAAUGGAGCCGAGAACCUUUGACUCUGCAUGGGAUCGCCACCCAUGGCUUUCCUAACAUGUUCUUCUCCAGUUCAAACCAGGCGGGUGUGGCCCCCACCUACACGUCGACGCUAGACACGUUUGCAAAACAUGUGGCUUUCAUCUUAUCAGAGAGCACCCGGCAUCAGAAUAGCGGUAAAGCGAUCAUUGAACCCACCCAGGCCGCCGAGACUGCCUGGGGCAUGCGAGUCCUAGCCGGGGCUGCAGCACGGGCGCCCGUAGUGGGUUGCACACCGUCAUACUUUAACGCCGAGGGCAGCAUGGAAGACGUGUCAAUAGAGGAGCAAAGGAGAUUGGCAAUUUCUGGGCCGUGGCCAGAUGGGUUGAAUGACUUUAUGAAUGCCCUGGAUGAGUGGCGAAAGACUGGUGACUUCUGUGACUUUCACCUGGAUAUAGUUUGUUAA